GAUAAGCCGACGUCGUUUUGAGUGUACUUCGAGACGACGUCGUUUGGUCGAUUUCGGUUCUCUCUUUUGAAUAUCUGAAAUUAGGGUUUGGGAAUUUUGAAUUUUUUUUCAGACUUGCUGAGAUCGAUUUGUGAAUUCAUUCACUCAGAAUUGCAGAAGAAUGGGUCGAUACAAAGAUGAGACCCCAGCUGUUAGGGUUUAUACAGUUUGCGAUGAAUCAAGAUACUUAAUAGUACGUAAUGUCCCAGCUUUGGGUUGUGGUGAUGAGCUCAUGAAAUUAUUCAUGACUUAUGGAGAGGUUGAAGAAUGUAAACCUAUGGAUGCAGAAGACUGUGAGGAGUUCACCGAUGUCUAUUGGAUUAAGUUUCGUCUCGUCACUAACGCCAGAUUUGCAAAGAGGAAGUUGGAUGAAUCAGCUUUCUUGGGUAAUCGGCUCCAAAUUUCAUAUGCUCCUCAAUUCGAAAGCCUCAAUGACACAAAGGAUAAGUUAGAAACCAGGAGGAAAGAAGUGCUUGCAAGACUUAACCCCCAGAAAGAAAAGAGCACCUCUCAAGUUACAAAAUUAGGUGGACCAGCUUUGACACAAACGGACAAUUUCUCCCCACAAAGAAGAGAGAUGGAGUACCAAUUCCAUAGAAGAAAUGCUCCUGUUUCUCGAGUUUCUUCUAACCAGGAGUAUUUUGCAUCCUCUUCAAUGAAUCAAACAGUUAAUGCCGUCAGGGAAAAACUCAAUAAGAUUGAAGAAAGUGGUAACCAAAAGAGGUUACAACCGAGCAGCCAAACACCACAACCUGACCUCAAGAGAACACGAGUCGAUAACCGAAGAAGGAUCUAACUCAAUUUUUUGUUUGUCAUCGUAUCUGUUUCUUGGGAUUGCUCAGCUAAUUUUAAAAGAAAGUAUUCAUGUGUAACUUACUUUGGUCAUGAUAGUGUUCUACCAAGAUAGUGAUUGUGAAUAUUGUAAUUUGUGCCUAGCAUGAUCCAACAUUCAAAUCAUCAAACCAUCUAAA